AUGCCUGCCACCGUCUCUGUCCUUUACCCCAACGAGGCCGAUGCCAAGUACAACAUCGACUACUACGUCGAGAGCCACAUGCCCAUGGCCGCGGCCACGUGGAAGGCGGCCGGCGUUCAAUCCUGGAAGGUCACCAAGUACUCGGCAUCCCCCGACGGAAAGCAGCCCAAGUACGCCUUCGCCGGUAUCCUCACCUUCGACAGCGUCGAGAGCAUUCACAAGGCGCUUGCUUCGCCCGACACGGCCAAGGUCAUGCAGGACGUCCCCAACUACAGCAACAAGGAGCCCGUCUUCUUGAUUGGCGAGGACGCCAAGGAGGCCACCCUUUAA